GACUUACGUUUGAACGUACAGCGGGGAAACAGAGCAGCGAUGGAGCAAUCAUUGUGUUAGCUUAUUACGGGUUCUGUCUGAUAGAGUCAGUUCAAUUCGGUUGAAAUGUCAUAUUCCACACAAGAUUAGGGAUGCUUGAUUUCAUUACGAAUGACUGCGCAGUAAUUUAACGUCUUCGUUUUGUUGAUCCUUGUGACAGUAAUGUUAAGAUGCCUAUCCGAGCAUAUUGCACAAUUUGCUCCGAUUUCUUCGAUCACUCCAGAGAUGUUGCUGCCAUCCACUGCGGACAUACUUUCCACUAUGAAUGCCUUCUCCAGUGGUUUCAGACAGCCCCCACAAAAACCUGUCCACAAUGUAGAAAACAGGUCAGCACCAGACACAUUAUCAGCAAGCUGUUCUUUGAUAUUGGUGGAGAGGAGGAGGGCUCAGCUGACCCGGAAAGCUUGCAGAAUGAGCUUGAUAGAAUGAAGGCGCUUUUAAACUCUAAAGAGCGAGACUGGCGGGACCAACAGAAGAUGGUGGCCAGUUUGAAGGACACUGUGGACAAGCAGAGGAGAGACCUGGACAGUGUUCGGAAAGAGAUUAUGGAAAAGGAGAUGCUCUGUUCUGCCCUCAGAAAACAGAUGACAUAUCUGGAGACGCAACAGAAUGAAGCUCAGGCUGCCAAGGAGGAGGCCCGUAGACUCAGGACCAGAAUGAAAACCUUUGAAAGCCUGGACGUGUUGUUGCAGGGCCAGAGAGCAGAGGUGGAGUCCAUGAUCACAGAUAUGGGUAUCAGCCAGGCGGCAGUGGAGCAGCUCUCCAUCUACUGCAUCUCGCUCAAAAAGGAGUAUGAUAAUCUAAAAGGAGGCCUGAAGUCUUCAAAUGACAUGUGUGAGAAGCUGAAGAGAGAAGUGCUCUCCUCAAACAACAAGUUACAAAAAGCCUCAAUGGAGGUGAAUCAGACAAAAGAGGACAUGAAGUCUCUGCUGAACGAUCUGGCCAAUGCUGACAAAGAGAUCUCUAGUCUGAAGAAGAAAGUGGAGUUUCUUCAGAGGACUCUGAGCACCCCGACACGGACAAAUGAAGCUCUCAGUCGGCUUGUCUUUGAAAGCCCCGCCCCAAUGGAGCUGAAGCAGCCUCGCCUCCACCAUCCCGCAGAUAGCGAGGACAUUGACCUCAACAUGACUUAUGACAUCACUACGCCAGAUGAUGUGGCCAAGAGACCGACGCAGGUCCCAUCCAAGAAGAUGCGGCUUGACCCUCCGGCGCCGUCUGUGUCCAAGCACAAUGAGAAAAGUUCAUCUCUAAGCAAGGCUCGAGAUGAGGAGGGAUCCAUGGAUCCUUUUUUGAGGAACUCCCUCCUCUUCAGAAAGAAGACUUUCGGAAGCAUGUUGGACCCUCAGAGGAAGCCUGGCACUGUGAGAAGUGGUUAUGAUGGUUUAGGAGGACGUACUAAAUUCAUCCAACCUUCUCCUUUAUCAGAGAUCCGCCCACUGAUGAAAGCUAAAAGGAAAAAGGUAUCCAGGCCUCCACCCAAGAUUGCAACUUGCCUGACUCUGGACAGCUUCCUCGAGUAAAUGUUGACCUCUCCUUCCCCCGGACGUGGAGUCAAAGGGCAGGAUGCUGUAGCAUGUUUGCGCUGCUCUGGCACACAGAACCACCCUGGCAGCGGUUCUGCCACUCAGCACCAAACAGGACUUUCUGAUUGAACUUUAUUUAAAAACAUUAACUGACCUCGUCUUGACAACGGAUGCGGAACUUUUGGUGACAUCAGCAAAACCUGCUGUACUUAUUUUUUGUGUGUUGGCUUGAACUUGUAUGUUGGCUUGCCUUUGCUUUGGAGCCUCCUCUUGUUGUUAUAUGUGUGUGUGUGUGUGUGUGUGUGUGUGAGAGAGACAAACCAACUUAUUUGCGGACCAUUCGAAUGUCCGUGCUCUGUAGUAUAUCAUACACUGCUGCAUCUUUUCUCUAUACUCCGAAAAAUAAUCAGUUAUUUUUCGCACAGAUUUAAUAUCCUUCUCCUUAAACACCUACAUGAGGAUAUACUGUAGGUAUUAUAGUUUUAAUGGUCUUGCCAGAUGUAAACCAACUCAAAUAAUAAACAAGAUUUUUUUUUUAUUAAGGUUGUGUGGGGUCUACAAACAAUUCCCUCUUGACUGUGCUUUUAUUCGCAAACAUUUCACUGAGGUGUGCUGUCCUGCAGAGGGCAGUACAAACAGUGCUUUCUCACAUGAGGACAUGAAUCUCACAGCCCUCCUGAAUGAACUGUGAGGAAACAUGCACCGCACGUGGCGAUUGCUGAAUCCAUUUGUAUUGAAAAGGCUGCACCAGUACAGACGGAAAUCCUCAAGGAAAAAUGUUAUUUAAAACGCCUUCGGUAAAACCUGAGUUGUACAUUGUGAUCAAGUAACAAAACGUACACUGCAAAUCAUAUACUGGCAAGUAAGGGACUGUUGUUAAUUUUAGGAGUUACCUCAUGUUAAAUGAAUAAUGUUUGCAGAAAUGAGAACUUGCAGUGAUAGAGGACCUUUAUCAUGGCACAAAAUCAGUCAAAUACAACUGAUGAUGUGAAACUUUCUGACAAGGUUCCCAUGCAUGAACAAUAGCUUGUCUAUGAUUUUGGCAUGUUGCUUUACAGGCUGGCCUUAGAGGAGAUUGCUUUAUAUUUUGGCAAACAAUAUGGGGAAAUGCCACAUUGUUUUCCACUGUGGAGAAGUAAAAGUACCAGGUAGAACAUAAGUAUCCCGUUCACAAUUACUUGUAUCCUGUUUGCACUGAUGAAUUUACAGUUUCCACAAUGGAAACCAGCUUGUACCAUGAUAAUUGUAUACAUAAUACUAAUUUAAAUAAAAUGCUUUGUAGCAUUAGUGAUUGGA